GCGCGAUUAACCACGUGAUGAAUCAUUCCCUUUUUCGGACAGGAGGCUCAAACAUAACCACUCGGGAAAGAGAACAUUCAAUCACCGUUCAGCUACCGACAACGACCUUGAUAAGUUGCAACAGACUUGCUCAACCUCCCUUCAACGUGGUUGCUGUGCUGCGAUUUUUGACAACUCCAUUCUGUCACACUUUUACGGGGUGCUGACUGUUAGUCUGCGCGAUCGUAUCCCGCAUCUUUUAUUUCCAGUUCCGUUAGUUGGAUUGACUGAUUUAACCCGCUCUAUCGUCCCGAUCCGCAAUUUGUUUCUUAAGUCAUGGCAGAGGAUGAGGCUGAAAAAGCAUUUUUCCAAGCGCAAUCUUUGAAUGCAGAUAUCGCGAGUUAUGAGGCAGCUGGGGAUCAGGAUGGGGAUAGUUCAGACUCAGACGAUUAUGAUCCUUCAAAAACAGUUCAAAAUCAUCAAGAUCAGUAUUCUGCGCAGUUAACAGAUUCAAAACCGAGUGCUGUUUCAAAUACUUCUUCCCUUUCAGCUUCCUUGAAGCGGAGGUCUAUGUCCCAAGAUUUCUCUGAAGCCGUGCAAAAUAGUCAUACUUUUCCUCCCUCACAAAUCCCCUCCGGGUCUGAACCUGGAGAUCCCACCCCUCUUCCACCUUCCAAUACCUCUGCUCCUGUACAAGUGUCAUCCCAGUCCAUUGGGAAUUUUGUUGUCGGGGAGGAUAGCGACGAGGAUAGAGGCGAGGCUGAAUAUGAACCUCCUGCAGCGUUAAGUCAUGUUCAUGGUGGUGAUGGUGGUGAUGACGGGAAUGAGGGUAAUGAUGAUGAUAAUGUGGCCUCUGACCCUUCUGGCAGUCGUCAGCAUUCCCUUUCUCAAAAUGCCAAUGAAAAUGUUUCUCAAUAUCAUGUAUCACAUCAACUGCAGACUGUUCAAGACAAAAACUCUCCUCCUCAAGAUGUUCCUCCUCCCAAUAGCUCAUCUCUUCCUCCUUCCUAUGUUGGUCUUUCGGCGCCAAGUGAUGGUGCCUCCAAUUACUUGCAGGAUGAUUCAAAACCGCCGACCGUGACAACGGGCGAUACUGCCUCUCAACCUGCAAACAGAUCUAUAUCCUCUACUCCUACAGCAGCUGCGGCACCGCGAGGCCGUCUUCCUCAUGAUCGAGUGGGUAUCUUGGAGGAUAGGAUUCAGGCUGAUCCGCGCGGUGAUACGGACGCUUGGUUGGAGCUAAUUAACGAACACCGCUCCCGAAAUAAACUUGAUAGUGCCCGAGAGGUCUAUGAGAGAUUCUUCAAAAUCUUCCCAUCAGCUGCUGAGCAAUGGGUCGCAUAUGCAAACAUGGAGUCGGAAAAUAACGAACUCUAUCGAUUAGAGCAGAUUUUUAAUAAGAGUCUCUUGUCCAUACCUAAUGUCCAGUUAUGGUCCGUAUAUCUCGAUUAUGUUCGUCGCCGUAAUAAUUUAACCACAGAUACGACCGGCCAAGCUCGAGGUAUCAUUUCAUCUGCCUACGACUUCGCUCUGCAGAACAUCGGAGUUGAUAAAGACUCCGCGAACAUUUGGGUUGAUUACAUCCAGUUCAUUCGCUCCGGACCUGGGAAUAUUGGUGGUUCGGGUUGGCAAGAUCAACAGAAGAUGGAUCUUUUGCGAAAAGCUUACCAGAGAGCCAUAUGUGUUCCCACGCAAGCUGUCAAUACCCUUUGGAAGGAGUACGAUCAGUUUGAAAUGGGCUUGAAUAAGUUGACUGGUCGAAAAUUCCUCCAGGAGAGAUCCCCAGCCUAUAUGACGGCACGGAGCUCUUUUACAGAGUUGCAGAACAUUACCAGAGAACUCGUCCGUGCCUCGCUACCCAGGUUGCCUCCCGCGCCAGGAUGUGAGGGUGAGGAAAUGUACAAUAAGCAAGUGGAGAUAUGGAAGCGCUGGAUCAAAUGGGAAAAAGAUGAUCCCUUAGUACUAAGGGAUGAGGAUGGUGGUGCUGGUUAUAAGGCUCGAGUGCUUUAUGUUUACCGACAGUCGCUGAUGGCAUUGAGAUUCCUGCCCGAGAUAUGGUUUGAUGCUGCAGAUUUCUGUUUCCAAAAUGAAAUGGAGUCUGAGGGCAAUGACUUCUUAAAACAAGGAAUAGAUGCCAAUCCAGAGAGUUGCUUACUUGCGUUUAAACUCGCUGAUCGAAUAGAAGUUACCACGGAAUCUGAGCAGGACUCUAGAAAGCGCGGUGCCAAAGCUAGAGAGCCAUAUGACAGACUGCUUGAUGCCCUUUACGACUUGAUAUCGAAAGCAAAGGCCCAGGAGGCUAAGGAUAUUGCAUUUGUUGAAGAGAGCUUUUCUUCUCAAGCAGAAAGCUCUCGACGGCAUGUCAUGGUCGUUACUAAUGAGGAGGAUGAGGAUGAGGGCGACGAUGCUGCCAAGGCAAGAGAAGCGGCGAAAAAUAGUCAGAUCGAGGCUUUAAAGAAGAAGCAUGCGGAGGCAAUUGGCCAGCUGUCGAAAACCAUAUCAUUUGCUUGGAUUGCUCUCAUGAGAUCAAUGCGCCGUAUUCAAGGGAAGGGCAAACCAGGAGAAAUGGCAGGAUCACGACAGAUUUUUGCUGAUGCGCGCAAACGCGGGCGCAUAACUAGCGAUGUCUACAUCGCGAGUGCGUUACUGGAGCAUUACUGCUAUAAAGAUCCUGCAGCGACGAAGAUAUUCGAGCGCGGCGCAAAACUAUUUCCCGAGGAUGAAAAUUUCACUCUGGAGUAUCUUAAACAUCUUAUCGACAUUAAUGAUAUCACUAAUGCGAGAGCCGUAUUCGAGAUGUCCGUCAGGAGACUAGCAGCUAAUCCAAACAACACACACAAGGCCAAACCCAUCUUCGCGUUCAUGCACGAACAUGAAUCAAGAUAUGGAGAUAUGGUCCAGAUCCUGAACCUCGAGGCUCGGAUGCGAGAGUUAUUCCCUGAAGACCCUGUCCUCAAACAAUUCCUCCACCGCUUUUCUACACCAGCCUUCGACCCCACUGCUUUCCAACCAAUCCUCUCCCCUUCCCAGACGAAACCAAAACUGGCCUCCUUUACUGCUACGGAGGAGAUGCGACCAUGCCAGGGAUCCCCUUCUACUCGGUAUCCUCAAGGGUCAGGACCAGCACCGCCAACAACAGCAACCCACUCCCCCAAACGUCCCUAUGCACCCGAAGAAUUCGACGAUGACGCAUCAAAUCGUCCGCGUAAGUUCAUGCGGGCUGAGUCACCACUGAAGGGUGCAGCCGGCCGGCGACUGAAUCAGCAGAAACAACAAAUUCAGCAGCAGGUGGUGAAUGGCGGCGGCGUAGGUGGAGGCGGGGGAGGCGGCAUGGGUGGUGGGUAUGGCGGUGGUGCUGGUGGUGGUCAGGGAAACAAGCCACCCAUCCCAAUUCCGCUACCGCGGGAGAUCAUGUUUUUGCUUAGCAUUAUCCCGGGAGCGUCUACGUAUGAUGCCACGAGGUUUUCGCCGGAGAAGAUGGUUGCGUUGUUGCGCCAGUUGGAUGUUCCGUCGUCGGUGAGUCAACUUCGACCGCCCGUUCCGCCGCCUGGGGGCGGUGGUGUUGGUGGGAUGGCGGGGGGUAUGAAUCGUGGACAGUAUAUGGGUAUGUACCGUCCGGGGUCAUAGACAUAGCCUACUCAAUCGUGUUUAUUGAGAAUUGGCAUAGUUCACUAGUAUUCGACAUGUACUACCAUUCCGGACUUACACACAAGGGAUGUUCGCCUAUUUACCCUUUUUUUUCCGUCGACUGUUUUGAUGUUAUUGCAUGCUUGGUUUCCCGGGGGGCCUAAAGGACAUUUCCUCAAUGUUACGCGCUAUGUUUUUACAAUUUGGUCUUUUUUUGUCUUGCUCUUUUCGUUUUCCUUCAGGCUUCCUUCUCCCUUUUCUGUCGUAGUUUUUGUUUGCUAUCAUCGAAAUAUGUAUCAUAUGAAUGGAAGAAAGAGAAAAAAGAGAGGGUAGGUAGCUUUGGGAAUAUUGUCAUCGUCUUUUCGAUUUUCUCCUCUUUCAUUUUCAUACUUUCACCUCUGGUGUGUGUGUUUUCAUGUUUUCAUUAAAAUGCGGUUCAAAGAUGGGAAUUAUGCACGUUUGAUUUUUGAGGUUUGUCAUUCCGGUUUUCUUUCUUUUUUUUUUAAAAUCUACUCUAUCUUUUCGCCAGGCGUUGUCUAAACAAUUCUGGGGAUUAUUUUUCAUGGUGAUGUGAUAUAGUCACUUCUUAGUUACUUUGAAUAUUAUUUCUAUUCAGGUAUAUUCCGUCCUCUCGCCCCUUUCAAGCGUGUGUAUGCAUGACGUUAUUACAAUGUCAGGCAUUCGUGCUAUUAUAAUUUCGUUGCAAUAGGAA